GCUCUCUCAUUCUGUCUUCAAUUUUUCAGAAAGCAAAAUCUGAUCGAAUUCCUGUAAUGGAUAAAUAUAGCAAUCAUUUGGACGUGGGGAACUCUGCUCCUGUUUCUACAACCUCGGACUCGGCCCUGAAACUUCAAUAUUGGUCCAGUACUGGUUCUAAGCCGGAGAUCAGCAUCUUAACUGAAUCUCUGUUCAAGAAAGACAUAGUCAAAGGCCAAAACUCAAUUGCUGAACAUGCUUUGAUGCCUUUAGCCAGUUCUGGUAGAUCAAGUGAUGAUGAGGAAAUAUAUUUUGAUCCAUGGCUUCGGUUAGAAUCUGACUGUGAAGAUUUCUUCAGUGUCAGUGGGGAUACUACCCCAUCUUGCCGCAACACUCCUAUCCACCAAAGCUGCUGCUUCCAAGAAACUCCUCAAGUAGAUAAACCUCUGUCAAUUUACAUGGACAGUCCACCCACUUCCAUUUUUGAACCACCCUCCCCAACAGUCAUGAAGAAACAACUGAUUGAGCUUUUUCAAGAGAGUUUCAGGAGCGAUGCUGUUGAUCAUGUCACUCAAAAUUUGCAAGCAAGGUCAAAGGCCAAUCGUUCCAUUCUUCACAUUCCUCCAAAUUCUUCAAAUAAAAGCCUUUAUGAUCGUGUAGUAAACUCUGCAUGCAGUAGCGAGACAAGCCCUGACGUCACAAGUUACAGCCCCAGCAGGAAGGGGAGAUUCGCAAAGUCCGUGCGGUGCUGCCUCCCAAAUUUCGUGCCCAACCUCAGCUCUGGCGGCGGGAGGAAGAGGCUGAGCGUUUCCCAUAGUUGUAAACGCUAAAAGCCUAGCUUCUAAAAGAAUCUGCUUCUCCUAAAAGGACAUAAAUUGGAAUCUGGGAAGUGGGAACCCUUUUUCAUAUCACUUGUCUUGAGGUCGGAUAGGCAGUGCUAAAGUGAAUUGCUAGUACUUAUUACAGCAUUUGUAAAAGAAAAAUGUUUUAGAGAAAUUUUAUUUGCAGUCUUGAGUGGGAGAUUGCGUGUGUAGUUUCAUUGAUGAAUAAGGUAAAAUGUGAAAAAAAAUCAUUUUAAAAA